CCAAUACUUACAAAAUAGCCUUUUCUUCGAGCAUCUCCUCUCAACACCAUCUCUCCUGAAAACACCAUCUCCUCACAACACCAUCUCUCAUCAAAACACCCAGCACAACCAUCACUCGACUCAGCCAUGUUUGAUUAGGGUUCUACUCAGCCGUCACUCGACUCAUCUCUAUUAGGGUUCGACUCAGUCCUAUUUGUGGGUUCUUCUUAUUGGGAAGGAGGAGGAGGAAAAAGGGGUUUCGAUAUGCUGAAGAUUGGGGUUCUUUGACUUGGAGAUUUGUGGGCUACUCGAUUUGGGGGUUUCAACUAGUCGAUAAAUUGAAGAAGGAGGAAAAGGGGGUUUCAAUCUGCUGAAGAUUAGGGUUAUUCGAUUUAGGGAUUUGGGGGCUAGUCGAUAAAUUGAGGAGGAAAAAGGGUUUUCAUGGCUACUCGAUUCGUGGUCAAAUCCAUCGAGGUUGAUAAUGGAGGAUCUCUCUGAGCUAGAGAUUAGGAAUUUUGUCAAGUCCUUCCACAAGUUCGUCGACUUGAAGAGGGAGCUCUUCCAUAGCCAUAUUGAUGAGCUCCAAAAAAUCAUCGUCAAUCAAUGUAAACUCACCAGCACCAAUCCUCUCUCGCAAGAGAUGGCAGCUGGUGCCUUUUCUAUUAAUAUUGGAUCUUGCUGAUAUCGAUGUAUUUCAAGAAGCCAGAAAGGUUAUUGAAGCUUUCCAGAAUAAGGAGGUAGGCCCUGUCCUAGCCUGGUGUGCCGAGAACAAGUCAAGGUUAAAGAAAUCCAAAUUAUAUUUGAUAUGAUUGCAUGUCUAGAUCGUGGCUUGCUGGUGCAAAGAAAAUAACGAUGUCUUUCCUUUUCUGAGGGGGCAAUGGGUGGUUUACUUCUGCUAGUUAGAUAAUUGCUAUUGUAAACAUUUAAGCCAGUUAAAAUGGCAUAUCUAUUC